CUCGCAAUUCCCUCUGAUCUGUUGCAGCUUGCAGUACAUUCACACGUUUACUCCAGAGUCCACACAAAGAAUAGCCUAAAUGGCAUACCCGGGUUCGUUUUCUUUAUCGGCGCCGGCGACGAUGUCUUCAUGGUCAGCAGCGUUAUCCGGAAAAUCUGACGCAGAGAAAGAGGAAAUGCUAGACAGGAUGCUCACCAGGCUCGCGCUAUGCAAUGACUCAAAGCUGCAAGACUUGCUCUCCAAGCUUCUACCUCUCUCCAUCGCAUCACUCUCUUCUCCAUCCACUCCACUCAGAAACAAAGUAAUUGAGAUAUUAAGCCAUGUCAACAAGAGAGUGAAAUUUCAACCAUACAUUGGGUUGCCAUUAUCUGAGUUAUGGAAGUUGUAUGUAGAAUCCAAUGCCUUUUCAAUGGUCAGAAAUUUCUCUAUAGUGUAUUUUGAGAUGGCAGUAGAACGUGCACCAAAAGAGGAAAAGGAAAACACGACGCUUACUCUUUUAGCCAGCAUUUCAAAAGUCACCCCUCAACAUCAAGAAAUACUAUUGAGAAUCAUUACAAAGGUAAUUGGUGAUUGCCAUUCAACGCAUCUCGAUGAUGAAGUAGUUGCAAAAUAUAGAAAACUUGGUGGGUUUUUGCACGACAAUAAGACAUUUCUUGAAUUUUGCCUGCACAUGGUUUUGUACCAACCAACAACCUUGAGUGGGGCUUGCCCAGCUGGAUUAUCACCUACUCAAUGCGAUCGUGUCACUGGGAAACAACAAUUGACAAAUGAUACACUAUGCUCUAGAAAGAUGGGGAUCCUGAAUAUCAUUGAAGCCAUGGAAAUUGCUGUUGAACUCGUUUAUCCCAUUUACAUAGCUGCUUGCGCUGAUAGUCAAGAGUUAAUCGCAAAGAAAGGGGAUGACCUUUUGAAGAAGAAAGCCACUACUGUGAACGUGGAGGAUCUAGACAUGAUAAAAAAACUAUUUUUUCUAUUUAAUGGUACCACAGGUUCUGAACAAAUUCCUCCUGAGUCUAAAGUUGCUCCUGUACACACAUCUUUGAAAGUGAGGCUGAUGUCUGUUUUUUGCCGAUCAAUCUCUGCAGCAAAUAGUUUCCCAUCAACAUUACAGUGCAUAUUUGGGUGCAUAUAUGGGAACAAUACCACCUCAAGGUUGAAGCAGUUGGGAAUGGAGUUCAGUGUAUGGGUCUUCAAGCAUGCAAGAAUGGAACAGUUGAAACUUAUGGGGCCUAUUAUCUUGUCUGGGAUUCUUAAAUCUUUCGAUGGCUACUCAGCAUCAGAUUCAGAUGCUAUUUCUAGGGAAAGAAAAGCUUUUGCCUUUCAAGCAGUUGGAUUGAUUGCACUAAGAAUGCCUCAACUCUUUAGAGAUAAAAUUGAUAUCGCUGUUCGGCUUUUUGAUGCACUGCAAUACGAGGACCAGUUUCUUCGUCUAAAUAUUCAAGAAGCUACCAAUUCUCUUGCUGUUGCUUACAAGGAUGCACCACCAGACGUGCUAAAGGCUUUGGAGUCACUCUUGCUCAAGAGUUCGAAAGUGGAACAAAGUGAAGUGCGUUUUUGUGCAAUUAGAUGGGCAACAUCUUUGUUUGACAUGCAACAUUGUCCUAGCAGAUUUAUUUGUAUGCUCGGAGCAGCAGAUCCAAAGUUGGAUAUAAGGGAAAUUGCUUUGGAAGGAUUAUGUCUUAAUGAAGGUCAAAGGAAAUCUGUUAGCCAAAAUCACAAUUUGCAGUAUCCCAAGCUUCCUGACAUUCUCGGCUAUAUAAUUGAAAAGCACCCAGGAGUUCUAGAUCCCAGCAAUGUUGGGGGGGCCAUGCUUUUUCCAUCUAAAACUUACAUUGCCAUGAUCAAGUUUUUGUUGAAGUGCUUUGAGGUGGAUGCCCAACAGAGUGUUUUGCUAGAAGAUUCUGAAUUUCUUUCUUCUGUGGACCAAUUUUGUCUGCUGCUAGAACAUGCAAUGGUGUAUGAAGCUUCUGUUGAGCUGCUUGCUAAUGCCUCCAAUGCAUUAAUAAUAAUUGCAUCAUACACUCCCCAAGUGAUAUCAUCACGCUAUGUUAACAAAGUGUCUUGGUUGAAGCAAUAUUUGGGUCAUAUUGACUCUGAUACACGUGAAUCUAUGUCACGAAUACUUGGAAUUGCUUCUUGUGAGCUUCCCAUUCACACCUUAUCUACCCUUGUUCAUGAAUUGAUCUCCGCUGUUAGUUCAUCAUCUAAGUUCAGGUUUGAGAUGACACAUGGACAUCUUUGUGCUCUAGGAUAUAUUACUGCAAAUUCCAUGUCGAGAACACCUUGUAUUCCAGGGUCGUUGUUUGAAAGUGUGCUUAAGUGUCUUACUAAUGUUGUUAGCUUGGAGGCACCUUCAUUGGCUUCUGUUGCAAUGCAAGCACUAGGUCAUAUUGGACUUUCGUUUUCACUGUCUCCUUUUCUUCAUGACACCAGUCCAGCUUCUGUAUUGACUAUUUUGAAUGAAAAAUUGAUCAAGCUUCUUAGUAGUGAUGAUAUUAAAGCUGGUCAACGAAUUGUUAUAUCUUUGGGGCACAUGUCUUUUAAGGAGAGUUCAGCUGCAAAUUUGAAUAAUGCUCUGGACCUGAUUUUUAGCCUUUGCCACUCAAAGGUAGAAGAUAUCUUGUUUGCUGCUGGUGAGGCUCUUGCAUUUCUAUGGGGUGGUGUUCCUGUGACUCCUGAUACUAUUCUUAAAACAAACUAUACUUCUCUUUCCACAAGCUCAAACUUUUUGAUGGGAAACAUAUCGUCCUCAUUGCUUAGUUCUAGCAGUAUGGACUUUGACAAAAGUAAUGAUCAUGAUAUUACAAGAGAUGCAAUUACUAGGAAGCUGUUUGAUGUUCUGUUAUUUAGCAGCCGAAAGGAAGAGCGAUGUGCUGGAACUGUAUGGCUUCUGUCACUGACAAUAUAUUGUGGUCACCAUCCAACUAUCCAAAAACUGCUUCCAGACAUCCAGGAAGCAUUUUCACACCUUCUAGCAGAUCAAAAUGAGCUCAUACAGGAGCUGGCAUCUCAAGGGCUUAGUAUUGUGUAUGAAAUUGGUGAUGCUUCUAUGAAGAAAAACUUAGUUGAUGCUCUUGUUGGUACACUAACUGGAUCGGGAAAGAGGAAAAGAGCAGUUAAGAUCAAUGAAGAUUCCGAAGUUUUUCAAGAGGGUCUGAUUGGUGAAAGUCCUACUGGUGGGAAGCUAAGUACAUAUAAGGAACUUUGUAAUUUGGCUAAUGAGAUGGGGAAGCCAGACUUGAUCUAUAAAUUCAUGGACUUGGCCAAUUACCAGUCCUCUUUGAACUCAAAAAGAGGUGCUGCUUUUGGGUUUUCUAAGAUAGCGAAAUAUGCAGGGGAUGCUUUGCAACCAUACUUAUGUACUUUGAUUCCAAGACUUCUUCGUUACCAAUAUGAUCCGGAUAAAAAUGUGCAGGAUGCAAUGACACACAUCUGGCGGUCUCUGGUUGGAGAUUCAAAGAGCACUAUUGAUGAACAUUUUGACUUAAUUGUUCAUGAUCUUUUGGUUCAAAGUGGAUCUAGACUUUGGCGCUCACGGGAGGCUUCCUGUCUUGCACUUUCAGAUAUAUUACAAGGGAGAAGAUUUGAUCAGGUUAAUAAGUAUUUGAAAAGAAUAUGGAGCACUGCUUUUCGUGCCAUGGAUGACAUCAAAGAGUCAGUUCGGAAUGCUGGAGAUAGAUUAUGCCGUGCUGUCACUUCAUUAACACAGAGACUAUGUGAUAUCUCUCUCACUGAAGCCUCAGAUGCAAAACUAGCGAUGGAUAUUGUAUUACCUUUGUUGAUUACUGAUGGUAUAAUGAGCAAAGUUGAAAAUAUUCGCAAGGCUUCCAUUGGAGUGAUUACAAAGCUUGCUAAGAGUGCCGGUAUUUCACUUCGUCCACAUUUGCCAGAUCUGGUGUGUUGCAUGCUGGAAAGCCUAUCAAGCCUGGAAGACCAAGGGCUGAACUAUGUUGAGUUGCAUGCUGCAAAUGUUGGAAUACAAACAGAGAAACUUGAAAACUUACGCAUAUCAAUGGCCAAAAGUUCUCCAAUGUGGGAAACACUGGAGCGUUGUAUAGAUAUUAUUGAUUCUGGUUCACUGGAGUUAUUGAUUCCUCGUAUUGUUCAUCUGGUUCGUGUAGGUGUCGGCUUAAACACUAGGGUUGGUGUGGCUAAUUUCUUAAGUUCAUUGGUUCAAAAAGUUGGUAAUGAUAUCAAGCCAUUUAUUUCCAUGCUACUGAAGCUCCUGUUGCAUGUAGUUACUGAUGAAAAAAGUGCUACUGCAAAACGUGGAUUUUCAAAUGCUUGUGCAACAGUAUUGAAGUAUGCAUCUCCUACUCUGGCCCAGAAGUUAAUUGAGGACACUGCUGCUCUGCAAAGUGGUGAUAGAAAUUCUCAGAUAUCAUGCGCAAUUCUUUUGAAAAGCUACUCCUCUAACGCUACCGAUAUUUUGAGUAGAUAUAGUGCCAUAACUGUGCCUGUUGUUUUUAUAUCAAGAUUUGAGGAUGAUAAGAUUGUUUCCAAUCUAUAUCAAGAAAUGUGGGAAGAAAAUAUGAAUAGUGAGCGGGUAACUCUUCAGCUUUACUUGGAUGAAAUUGUUAAUCUUCUCAAUGAAGGAAUUAUGUCAUCCUCGUGGUCAAAUAAACGCAAGGCAGCCCAUGCAAUAAGGAAGCUGUGUGAGAUACUUGGUAACUCAGUAUCUUCACAUCAUCAUUUGUUGCUCACGCCUCUAAUGAAGGAAAUACCUGGCCGUUUAUGGGAAGGAAAAGAAGCCUUACUUUAUGCAUUAUCUUCUCUUUGUAAAUCAUGCUACGAAGCAAUUUCUGCUGCCAAUCCUGAGUCUCCAAACUCCAUUUUGGAUCUCAUAUCUAAUGCCUGCACAAAAAAAACACGCAAGUAUCAGGAAGCUGCCUUUGACUGUCUUGAGCAGGUUAUUAAAGCCUUUGAUAAUCCAGACUUCUUCAGCAAGGUUUUCCCAAUGUUGUGUGAAAUGUGCUGCUCCACUUCAAGUAGUGAUGUUAAAACAGAUGAGGAGGAAAAUUUCUCCGCUGGACAUGAUAAAAUAGUGAACUGCAUUACUGCUUCCAUACAUGUAGCACAGUUGGAUGACAUCAUCCAACAUCGGAAGAACAUGUUCAAGGUUUUCUUAGUCUCACUUACUGCUAGUAUUCCAUGGAUUGUUAAAAUUGCAGUUUUCACAUCAGUUACAGAACUAUGCUCAAAAAUUCACGAACAGAUUACUGGUGCUAAAGAUUCUUCUCUUCCAAAAAGUAUUAGAUCUUUUGUUCAUGAGCUGUUCAGUGAGACAUCAUCAAAAGUGCUUAAUUGUAUACGUACUAUAAAAAUAGCCCAGGUGCACAUAGCUGCAGCGGAGUGUCUUGUUGAAAUAACAGAUGUGGUAGCUUAUGCUUCUCCAGAGGUGCAGCUGAGUGAAACCGGAUUCAUCCCCGAGCUUUUGCAAGUGAUUGAGAUGGAAAAAAAUGAGCUGGCCAAGUCUUCCUUGAAGAAGUGUAUGGAUAACCUACAGACUCUUCAGAAAAAGCAAAUGAUAUUUCGAGAAAGGAUUUGAUUGUUAUCGCAGCUGGACGGAUCGAUCAUCAAGCUCUUUAAAUUCAACAUGGAGCCUCGUGACUUGUACUUUUAGCUUGUGGAGAUACCAUUGCUUCAUAGGCUUAGCUGGCAAAGAACCCAUGUCAUAUGCCUUAACUCAAUGUCUUGGAAGUAAGGAAGGGUGGUUGAAUAUGUUUUUUGAGGUGAUUUUCAAAGAUGAUUAAAUAAAGGAAGAAGUAUAGACGAAUAACAGAUUAGGACAGGCUUAAAAUGCACUGUCGUAUCAGAUUUCAAUGGCAUCUCUAAUAAUGAAUUGUUGUUUCGGAA